AUGCCCCCCCCCGCCCAGCCUGGGGCGCAGGGCGGGCGCGGCUCUAAGGGGCCUCCCGCUCGAAAGCUGCUCUGCAUGUGCAGCCUCUCGCUGUGCCUCACCUACCUGUGCUACAGCCUGAUGGGGGGCACCGGCCCGGGCGCCCUGCGCUCCCCCGCCGGCCUGCGCGGCUUCCCGGCUCCCAGCGCCCUGCGCGGCUCCCCGGCUCCCAGCGCCCUGCGCUCCCCCGCCGGCCUGCGCGGCUCCUCGGCCACCCCCGCGCCCCCCACUCGGGCCAGCAACGCCAGCCGCCCGGGAGUGUCGGCGGCCGCCUGGCUCCGGACUGCGCUGGCCCCCGGCGAGGUGAUCGCGACGCAGAGCGGCGCCUUCGAGAGGGACCCGCAGGAAUCCAGCACCACGGACGAGGAGCUGAGCCGGGCGGGCAGCACCACGCCGGACUACGGCGAGAAGCGGCUGCCGCAAGCCCUGAUCAUCGGCGUGAAGAAGGGGGGCACCCGGGCGCUGCUGGAGGCCAUCCGGGCGCACCCCGACGUGCGCGCCGUGGGGGUCGAGCCCCACUUCUUCGACAGGAACUACGAGAAGGGGCUGGAGUGGUACAGCCUUAGGGUCAUCCCAAUCAAGAAGAGGCGCCCUCCACAGUCACAGCCACCAACACACACAGGAAGGGCUCAGGCAGCAGCAAACCCCUGUAUUCCUGAGAUAUCCCCGGCCCAGAGGCUCCAGGACAGGAACGUGAUGCCCAAAACUCUGGAUGGACAAAUAACGAUGGAGAAGACGCCGAGCUAUUUUGUGACCAACGAGGCCCCAAAGCGCAUUCACUCCAUGGCCAAGGACACCAAGCUGAUCGUGGUGGUGCGGAACCCGGUCACCAGGGCCAUCUCGGACUACACGCAGACGCUCUCCAAGAAACCUGAGAUCCCCACCUUCGAAGUACUUGCCUUCAAGAACCGGACCCUGGGACUGAUCGAUGCCUCCUGGAGCGCCAUCCGCAUUGGGAUCUAUGCGCUGCACCUGGAGAACUGGCUGCAGUACUUCCCACUUUCCCAGAUCCUCUUUGUCAGCGGCGAACGGUUAAUUAUUGACCCUGCUGGGGAAAUGGCCAAGGUCCAGGAUUUCUUAGGCCUCAAAAGGAUUGUGACAGAGAAGCAUUUUUAUUUCAAUAAAACCAAGGGGUUUCCUUGUUUGAAGAAGCCAGAGGACAGCAGCGCCCCCAGGUGCCUGGGCAAGUCCAAGGGUCGAACUCAUCCCAAAAUAGACCCAGAUGUUAUCCACAGACUGCGCAAGUUUUACAAACCAUUCAAUGUCAUGUUUUACCAAAUGACAGGUCAAGAUUUCCAGUGGGAACAGGAAGAAAGUGAUAAGUAAAGCCAAGACAGCAGGGAAAAAGCUCUCUGUAGAUUCUAUCUAGAGGUGAAUCGUUGUCAGAGACACUAAACUUGCACAGGGCUAAAGUCUCAGUCUUGUGACAAAGAGACUUAUAUUGUCAAGGUUAAAGUCAAGCUGAACAGCAUUUCCAGCUCUGAAACCUUCCUGUCACAGCGAGCCCAGGUUGCAUUUGGGUCUGUUCCAAGCCCUCCCACUGUAUUGUAUUGCAAGAAUGGCUGGGGGAGGCUCCGGUGGGACAGGGGAGGCUACCGGUGUCUAGCACUUUGUUCCUGGUGCUUCCUGUCAGCGCCAGCCAGUCAGUAUUCAGUGAGUCCUACCCACGGCCAACAAAGGAUGAGGGAAGCUUAUAGAAUCCCAAUAGCGACAAGGCGAGCCGACAGAUUCCAUUUCUUCUGCACUACUUUAGUUUUGCCUUGCUGGCAGUCAGGUGUCAGAUCACACACACACAAACAGCAAAGCUGCAAAGAAACUAUUUACAGACCCUUCACCUGCAUACUAGUUACACCUUGCACUAGCUACCACUUACCAAAUGCCACAAAUAUCCUGAGCCAAUACACUUUGGGGUGUAACUCCAUUAACUGAACAGAGUUGCUUCUGAUUUCCUCUGGUCUGCAGUGAGGCCGGAAUCCAGGCUUCCCCACUAAGUCCUCAUAUGCUCCUUUAGAUGAUCACGCAGUAAAAACCACUGGCACCUAAGGAGCCAGCUGAGAAUGAUCUCAUGGGAUCCAUCCCAGAAAGCUUGGCCUGGAUGCGUUGCACAGUCUCCUAGCAGAAGGUGCAGUGUCCCGCUCACAGCUCUUCCUGCAGGCAGGUAAUGAAAUGGCAUUUCUCAAUCAUUCUGGAAACCCGCUGCUUCCCUGCAUAGCAGAUGGCAGUUGAGGUUGUCAUUACAGGCGGCUUUUUAGUUCUUUGCUAGGUAGCCAUGAGCCCAGAAGAAGAUCCUCUACUGAGUAAAACCUCAUCCCCGUAUCUAGAGUGGUGCAAAAUCCAGACACCGGCCUGACCUUCAAAAAUGCUGAGAGCCACAAAUGCCACUGAAGUCCCUGGGACCGUGGGUGCAAGCCGGUGGGACUGUGGGUGCAAGCCGGUGGGACCGUGGGUGCAAGCCAGUGGGACUGUGGGUGCUCAGCACUUCUGAAAAUCAGGGCUCAGCUGGGUUUGCAAAACCACGAGACAUUCUUCAUCUUUGCUUCAAAAUCUGCAAAGAGGAGAAAAGGUCAUUUCCACCGAGCGAGCGCUCACUGCCCUGGAGAAAGCUUCCUUCCCGAGUGGAAAUGACAAAGAUUUAUGAUCAACCAAAUUGGCAAAUCCCGAUGGAAAUGAUAAGAUAAGCACCUGUCAC